AUGCAUACCACAAAGAAUGCUGGUCCCAGGACCCCUGGCCAUGCCAGUUUGUUCCCACCCACGGAUGCUGCUGAGGAUAAGCCGAAGCCCGGCCAAGACCAGGAGGCCUUAGCCAGCGACUCCGACAACCUCAGUCUCGACGAGAAGAACGAGAGGGAGGUCCAACGGCACCCUCGGGAGGUCACGGCCAAUGCCGAGCUUGGUGUUCAGAAGGCUGAGGCUGCUGCCCUGGUCUGGACCCAGAAGACGGUCUACUGCACAUAUGCAUGGAUCUGGCUGUGCUUCUUCAUGCUGGCUUUCCAGCAGGCCAUUCUUUUCAAUGUCACUGCCACUGCCUAUUCGGAUUUUGCCUCAGCACCUGCCAUCGCCACGGCCUCGAUCCUCUCCAACGUAAUCGGUGGGGUCUUGAAGCUGCCCAUCGCCAAGACGCUCAACAUCUGGGGACGUGCCGAGGGCUACCUGGUUUUCUUUGGAGUUUAUCUGCUUGGCAUGAUCAUCCUGGCAUCCAGCGGUGGACCUGACAGUUACGCCGCUGGCUAUGUCUUUUACUGGAUUGGCUACGAUGCCAUCUACCUGAUCCUGGACAUCUUCGUCGCCGACACGUCAGGGCUGCAGAAUCGUGCCUUUGCCUUCUCCUUCGUGUCGACGCCCUUCAUCUGCACGGCUUUCACGGGGCCGUUGGCGGCCCAGGCCUUUUUGAGGAAUAGCACGUGGCGCUGGGCCAUCGGAUCCUUUGCCGUCAUCCAGCCCUUCGUCUUCGUACCCCUGGCCGUCGUCUUCAAGUUCUACCAGAGGAAGGCUGAACGCUUGGGCAUCUACAAACACCAGCCGAGCGGCCGAACUGCGAUACGGUCCAUCAUUCACUACAUGCACGAAUUCGAUGUCGUCGGCGCCCUGCUCCUCAUGGCCGCCUUUGUUCUCUUCCUCCUCCCGUUCAGCCUGGUCAGCUACAACCGCACUACCUACAAUAGCGCCACCUUCAUCGCCAUGCUGGUUCUUGGAAUCCUGCUGUUUCCCAUUUUUGCCGCCUGGGAGAAGUGCUUUGCCCGCACGCACUUUAUUCGAUGGGACCUCUUCAAGCAGCCGACCGUCCUGGGUGCCUGUUGCAUGGCGGCCCUGUCCUAUUUCAGCUUCUACUCGUGGGACCUCAACUUUUAUAGCUUUGUGCUCGUCGUGUACAACCUCAGCUACGGCGACACCGGCUACAUGACGCAGAUCUACAACGUCGGUUCCUGCUUCUGGGGCGUCGUGUUUGGUCUAUGGGUCAAGUAUACCAAGCGCUUCAAGUGGACAGUCCUCUGCUUCGGCCUUCCGCUCAUGAUUCUCGGCGCCGGCCUCAUGAUUCACUUCCGCGGGCAAGACGCGGACAUCGGCUACGUCAUCAUGUGCCAGAUCUUCAUUGCUUUUGGAGGUGGCACGAUUGUCAUUGGCAACAGCAUGGCCGUCAUGGCUGCUAGCGACCGCGACGGCGUCCCCAUGAUGCUGGCCGUUCUCAAUCUGUUUGCCAGCAUUGGUGGCGCCAUUGGCGAUGCCGUCUCUGUUGCGAUUUACUCUAGCACCUUCCCGGAAGCUCUCCGCUCCCGGCUGCCCCAGGACAUGGCCGACCAAGUCGACAAAAUCUAUCUCGGCGGCUAUCGCGCUCAGGUUGCGUACCCCGUGGGCUCACCCACUCGAGAUGCCAUCAACUACGCCUGGGGCCAAAGCCAGAGGUAUGGUUCCAUCUCCGCCACCGCCAUUCUUGCCCUUGGCAUUCCCGCCAUUGCCAUGUGGAAGAACUACCGGGUGGACAAGAAACAGAACAAGGGUACCGUCAUUUAA